AUGCCCGCUUGGAAGACCCUACUGAGCGUGCUGGCCCUGGCCGGCACCGCCGUAUCUUGUGCGCACCAUAACGAUGCGGAGGUGGUUCCGGAACAUGAGCGCGAGGAAUUGCUGAAGAAAUGGAACCAGGAGUGGUCCUUCUCCGGCAUUGCCAGCUUCGCCCACCUGCGGCCGGUCAAGUGUCUGAUCGAGCCAGACGAGCGAUAUGAUAUCGCAGUGAUUGGCGCACCGUUCGACACGGCCGUCAGCUACCGACCGGGUAUGACCUGCCAUUUGACAUACAUCCUCUUCCCCAGUCUCAUAAUCAGCAAGAAUCAACAACUAACCAUAUAUCCAGGUGCUCGCUUCGGCCCGCGAGCAAUCCGCGCCGCCAGCGCGCGGCAGAUGGCAGGGACAAGCUACAACACACGGGCGGGGAUCAACCCGUACCAGUCAUGGGCCAAGAUCACGGACUGCGGCGACAUCCCCAUCACGCCCUUCGACAACGGGCUAGCCGAGCGACAGAUGUACGAAGCGUUCCUGGAGCUGGGGUCACGCAAGACAGUGAACCAGCCGCCCCGGGGCGCAACGGGUGUCGGAGCCGGGCACCCGAAACUGGUGACGCUGGGCGGCGACCACAGCGUGGCGCUGCCGGCGCUGCGAGCGCUGUAUCAGAUCUAUCAGAAGCCGAUCACGGUGCUGCACUUUGACGCGCACCUGGACACGUGGAACCCCGUGCGGUACUCGGCGUACUGGCAGUCAGAGCAGACGCAGUUCAACCACGGCAGCUUCUUCCACAAGGCCAGUCGUGAGGGUCUGAUCUGCAAUGCGACGUCGGCGCAUGCGGGGCUACGCACGCGCCUGACCGGCGUCGACGACGGCGACUACACGAACCCGGGCCCCGAGCAGGGGUUCAUGCGCGUGCAUGCCGACGACAUCGAUGAGCUGGGCCCGCUCGGCGUCGUCGACAGUCUUGUCAACCGCAUCGGUCUGGACCCGGACCAGCCCGUGUAUCUCUCUGUGGACAUCGAUGUCCUGGACCCGGCUACGGCUCCUGGCACCGGGACUCCAGAGCCCGGUGGCUGGACUACGCGCGAGUUCAUUCGAAUCAUGCGCGGCCUGGAGAAGCUGAACGUCGUCGGCGCAGAUAUCGUCGAGGUGUCCCCCGCCUACGAUAACAAAGGCGAGACCACUGCGCUGGCGGCGGCCCAGGUUGCUUUUGAGAUUAUUACUAGCCUGGUGAAGUCGGGUGUCUCGGAGAACCUGGGUGGAUGGUAUGGACGCAAGGACGAGGGCGAGGCGAAUACUCCGUCGGGAAAGGUAUCCAAGGAUGAGCUUUGA